CUUCGACCCAGCUUCGACCGCUUCGUGGCCGUGGGCUGUGUCGUUGGUAAUUGGGGAGGUGUAUAUUCAUAUGUUCGUCUCAUGCUCGACUGAUUUCACACAUGCAAACAGUAAGAAAAAAAAUUGUGUACAUGAAAAAAAAAAGAGAUUUUUAUUGAUCACUGCGAUUAUGCGAUCGAAUAACUUUGAGUAUAUAUAUUUCACAAAAAUGAUAUGGUGAUACUAAAAAUAUACUAAAAUAUAUUAAAGAUGUUUUCGCUAGUAUUGAUUCCUAGAGAUGGUUAUACUAAAAUCUUUGGGAUGAGGUACGCUUCACCAGCGAACGAACAGAUUCAAUUUUAGAAAAAGCCUCGAUCCUUGGUGGACAUCUCCACACUAAAGAGGGAAGUUGAUUUGUCGUUACCCCCAGUACCUUUCCCCCCACGAAUUUCUAUUUGCCCCGGUAAUGCCCCCUGGUGAAGGUCCCUUUUGAGUGUAAAUAUUUGCGAAAUAACCAUGUUUAGAAGGCCUUAAGCGGAGAGACUCGAUCGAGAAAAAUACAAAAUGAUUUCUGAAGACUGAAGGAGGACCCCACUGAGCAAUUAAACAAAUAUCCUUAGAACCAUCCACUUAUUUACUGUUACAGUUACUAGCCUUUCAAUGUGAUUCAACGUAUUCAAGAUUUCACACUUUCAUGAAAGUCUAUAUUCCAGGUUGACAAACUAAACGAAAUUGUCUAAACUGAAAGUCCCCAAAUUUCUGGAUACAGUAUAGGCAGCCCGGUCAAUGUGGGUACCGCAUACUAUCUUAUGUAUACAUAAGAUAGUAUACAUAAGAUAGUAUACUGUGCCCGCAUUGACCGGGCUGCCUAUGGAUACAGGAACACUCCGUGUACCGGAAGCGAAGGAAGUGUAAACCAGUGCGCAUGGAAGAAAAUCAGUUUCAGCCAAGUGGUUUCAGUUGUUUCAGUGAGUAGUGGUCACAUGAUGCAUGCAAUUGCAAGUUCUCAAAAUGGCUUCCGCAGCACCACCACCACCACCUCCACCACCGCCACCGGUGAUAAAUAACGAUGGUACGAACACAAAUGAUCCUACUAGUAGCACAGCACAAUCCACAAACAAUGGAGCACAAACAACGUCUACAGACGGAACAAAACCAUGGGAAAGAGCUUGGUCAGUCGACGAAAUGCGAAAGGGAGCCACGAAUUGGUCUCUUGCGUCAGAUGCUGGGUUGCUGCUGUAUAUGCAAGAGUUUUCCCAAAACAUGUUAUCACAAACACACAGUAUGGAACAAAAGGUUGAUGGACUGGUCCAGGAAACCAAGGGCAUUUCUGCCAAAGUGCAUAACACUUUCAAUAAUUUUUUGAUGUUAUCAAACACACAGUUUAUUGAAAAUAGAGUCUAUGAUGAAGAAGAAACUAAAGAUGAAGAAGAAAAACAAGGGGAAACAUCUACCCCUCAGGAAAAGGAGAAAACAAGGGAGGAAUUAGAAACAGAAGUUAUUCCAAAAAUCAAUGAAGCUCUUCAGUCUGGGCUAGCAGUAUUGGAUAGUGCCUUUGUCACUGUAGAAAUUACUCCUGAGCAGGUGUCUGAUGAUGAAGAUGAAGGAACAUUGCCAGAUAAUCUGAAACCUGAACCAAUACUUGAGUUAACGGAUGUUUAUGCACAUAGAAAGUUGCCGAGUUUUAUUGGUACAGCAGAGUUUCAUAAAGAUGAUCUUGUUGGUUUGGGAGAGUCAUCUAGUGAAGAUGAAGGCAGCGAUAAAGAAGCCAGCAUGGAAGAAAGCGAGUCAGAGAAAAGUACAGAAGAUGAAGAAACGUCAGAAAGUGAUACAGUCAGCGCAUCAGAAUCUGAGGAGGCUUCGUCGACUGCGACUGAAAGUGAAGACGAGAAGGAAGUUGUGGUAAAAAAGAAACCCAGAAAGGAAAGUUCAGAUUCAGAAUCGGAUGAUGGGCUAUUCGCAGCUGGAGGAACAGAGAAGUCGAGAAAAUCAAGAGAUGAGGAUGAUGAAGAAGAAGAUGAUGAUGAUGAUAGUGAGGAAAGUAUGGAAGAAGAGGAUAAAGUGAAAGAAAAAUCACGAAAGUCUGCCGCUCCAAUGGAUUUCACAGCUGAGCUUGCUGCCAAACUGGGAGUGAAACCAAAGACGCCUGUGGAUGAUAGUGAUGAAGACGAUGAUAAAGAUGAUUGGGAAGAAAGUGGAAAACACGAAAGCGAGGCGACGAAGGAUGAUCUGUUCUCGGCGUCAGUAGACACGACCACGACAGUUUCUAGUAAAGGAAGUAGAAGAAAGAAAAAACACAAGAAACCAAAGUCUAGAAGUGGCAGCCAUGCAAGCCGUGAUAGUGGCACAACCACGACCCCAGCUGCUAGCAAUGUUAAGAAUGAUAUUGAAACAAGUCAAAAACAUGAAGAUAACGAUGAUGACGAUUUAUUCACAAGUUCUAUUGACACAACAUCAAGCGUCGUUAGCAAAGGCAGUAGAUCUAAACAUAAGCACAAGAGGAAAACGUCUAGAAGUGAUAGUCAAGUAAGCAAUGCUAGUUCCAAGAGUGCCCACAAAGAAAAGAAAAGAACGUCAAGCAAAGAUGAAAGCAAUCUAUUCAGUGCCAGUCCGGAAGGAGAUUUAUUUGAAGAGACAAGCCCGUUUGGUAAAAAAGGAGGGAUGUUUAGUGGUGGAGGAGGACUGUUUGAUGAUGUCGCGGAAGAUGAAGCGGAAAUAUCAAAGCCUGGCAGUGUAGACAACGAUACUCCUAAAUCAGACCACGAACAAGACGAGAGUGAUGAAGAAAUCAUCAAACAAAAACCUAGGACGGCAAGCGGAAAGAAACUACCUGCUGGUGCAGUUGCAAUUUUUGGAAACCAGGGACCAUUUCAUGUACCAGUACAAGCAACUGAACAUCAUGUUACAAAGAGUAGUCCAGUUGAAAAGAAAGAAACUAAACCAAAUCAAGGAGGUGGAUUAUUUUCUGAUGAAGGAGAUGAUAUCUUUACCUCAAGUCAAACCUCGUCUGUAGUUUCAAACAAACCACCCGCAGUUGCAGCAAAAUCUACAAAAUCUGUAGAUUUAUUUGGUUCUGGUGAUGAAGAAGAAGAAGAUGAUGACAGUUUGUUUGGUGUAAAACCAACCAAGAAGAGCGAACCAAAAGUCGAACCACCAAAAAAGAAGAAGCUACCAGCUGGAGCGGUCUCUAUUUUUGGAAGUGGUUCACCGAUAAAUAUUGCCGAUAAGUCUCCUGAGGUUUCACAGCCACCAGCUUCUAGUACUACUUCUAAUACAAAGAGUUCAAAGGAGGCAAAUAGUUUGUUUGACGAUGACGAUGAUAAAACGAGUUCGUUUAAUUCAGAACGAUCAGCGGUAUCCAGUACCGCUGUCAAAACUGCACCUGCUGUACAAGCCAAACGAAAAACUAAUCAAAUUAGUUUGUUUGAUGAUAAUGAUGAUGAUGAUGAUGAUGGUGGUGAUGAUCUUUUUGCGUCAAUUGCCCCAUUAAAAUCUGUGGGUUCAAAUAAAAGCGCGACAAUUUCAAAGCCAGACCAAUCUUCAGGCGCCAAGCCUGUUGAAGUUUCUAAACCUGCUCCAAAACGUUCAACUAUCAGUCUGUUUGAUGAUGACGAGGAAGAUGAUGAUGAUGACGAAGAUGAUAUGUUUACCAUCAAACCGUCGGCAAAGAGUACACCGGAAGUAAAACCAUCAGUAAAACCAUCUACACCUAGUCAUGGUUUGUUUGGUUCUGCUGAUGAUCCUCUGUUCUCUGGAGAAAAACCCAUUGCGACUCACGUUGAUACUGUGGAUAACAAGCCCAAAGUCAAGACAAACAAGCAAGAAAGUAAAGUACUUCAUGUUGAUGAAACUAACGAAGAUGACCUUUUUAGCGAGCCAAAGCCUCAGGGUACAGAAGAACCAGCAGUGAAUAAACCAACAAAGAAAGAAACAGACAAACGUUCAGAAGACUUGUUUGACACAGAUAGCGAUGAAAAAGAUGAUGACAAGGAUGGUGGCAAGCCAGCUCGUAAGAUAUUACCCGGGGCUGUCCCCAUGUUUGGUGGUGUUGAUAUAUUCGGUGGACAAAAACCUGGCAAAACAACCAAAGCUAAGCCGCAAGGCGACAGUUUAUUUGCGGAUGAUGAAGAUGAUUUAUUUGCUACUCCACCAAAACCUGCUCCGACGGUUGCACCCAAAGCUAAACCAAGAAAGCCAGCGGUGGAAGCACCAACCAAAACUCCGACUUCUUCGUCACCUCUGAAAGAAGCAAAAGUUCCUGAACAAGUUUCUUUUGAGAAGAAUACUAAUGUUGGGAAGUUACAGAAAACUUUGAUGUUUAAUCCCACAGCGAUGCUUCCUGGUGCAAGGCCACCACCCAAGAAACAGGAAACUACGACAACAGACGAACCAGUUGCUGCUGCAAGGAAACCAAUAAUAUUCAACCCAGCGACAAUGUUACCAGGCGCUGUUCCACCUCCAAGGAAACAGGAAACGUCAGCAGAAGCGACGUUUGAUAAACCUGCGUCAGUGAACACGCUGGAAACAUCUGGCAGGGAUCGUGCUCGACCUCGCGGAAACCGAAGACCACCGACUCGACAAGCCCGGCAGAAAGCUGCUAAGGGAAGUAUGGAUGAUGCCUCCUUAUUUGGAUCUAACUUGGCCGUACCAUCUGUUUCACAAGAUAGGGUUGAUAGUGCUAAAGGCGGUCAACCAUCGCUGUUUAGUGAUUCUGAUGACUUAUUUAGCAGUAGUUCUUACAAAACGCCCGCAAAGAACAAUCAAAAAUCACAUAGUACACAAUCAAAUUAUUCGAAGUUCGAUCCAUUGUUUAUUCAUAAUACGAUGACGUCGGAUUUACCUUCAUUUGAAGACUCCGUUGAUGGCAUUCCAGAUGACGUCACUGCGGGUAAAGACACUGCAUCAAAUACAAAGAGGAAUAAGAAUAAAGCGGAUGCACUUUCUAGUAAUCCACUGAAAGACGAUCUUUUCGCCACAUCGACGGAAAGCGACGGCUCAUUUUUACCUAAAUCAGACGUUGAAAAACGCGUACCUAAUAAUCAACAAAAUACAAGAGAAAAAGCAAAAGAGAGAUCAAAAGAUGAUAUUUUCAGCGUAUCUACUGAAAGUGAGGGUAAAAUAUUACAGCAAUCUCAGAAAAAGUCUGACGAUGAUUUGUUUAGCUCGUCGUCUGAAAUAGCGAAAAAGACAAAACCAAAGAGAAGUGAAGCAGAGAACAAAAAGUCAAAAACUGAUCUGCUCUUCGAUACUGAACGAAAGGAUGACCUUUUCAGCCAAUCAACGGAGAGUAACAGAUCGCAAAAGUCCAAGACGACGGAAAAACUUCCUACAACACAAAGCCAGAAAACAAAAGUGGAUUCAUUAUUCGAUAGUCAGCCAAAAGAUGAUCUUUUCAGCCAAUCAACCGAAAGUAACAGGUCGCAAAAAACUAAACCGACAGAGAAAGUUUCCGCAAAAAGCCAAAAAUCAAAACCCGAUUCAUUGUUUGAUAACCAGCCAAAAGAUGAUUUGUUCAGCCAGUCGGGUGGCAGUGAUAUCGCACAGGAAAGAAAACAGGCUGACGACGUUUCUCCUGCAAAAAGUGAUGGUUUAAAUGUUGAUCCUCUUUUAGGUGGCAAACAAAAAGUUGAUUUAUUCAGCAAGUCUACUGAAAGUGAUAUUGCGUCAAAAAUCGAGCCUGAUACUUCUGGAACGACGAAACAAUUGCCUGAAUCUGACCCACUCUUUCAUAGUAAACCAAAAGACGACCUCUUUAGCCAAUCGAGCGAAAGGAACUUGUCACAAAACAAGACGUCUGAUCUUCCUGCAAAGAAAGACGAAAAAACUGGUCUACUUUUAGAAAACACGCCAACGGAUGAUAUAUUCAGCCGGUCGACUGAGAGCAACAAGUCAAGUUUACAAAAAGUACAGGUAAAUAAAGUUGAAGAUGACGAUGAGGACGAUAUAUUUAAGCCUAGUAAUAGAGCAGUGUUUUCGCCUCCACCUCUGGAUUUCGACUCGGAGGUCAGUGCUUCUGGAGAGUUUACAGCACAAAGCAAUGCGAAAACUGUCAGUGAUGAUAUUUUUGGUGACGAUGAUGAUAUUUUUGCUCCGAAAUCCACGAAAAAGAAAACUAGUGAGGAUAUAUCGGAGAAAACAAAACUAAAUGUAAAAGAUGAAAAGAAGGAAGAGAUACAGGAGCAAACUAAAACCAAAAGCGAAGUGAAGAAAACAGACGAUGUCGAUGAUCUCUUUGCUGGCACUGGAUCCAUUUUUGAUGAUCUUCCAAAGAAAUCAAAGGAGAAAAAGAAGAAAAAGGCAACCACUUCAAAAGAAGAAAAUAUUUUUGAUAAACCACAAGAUUCAGCGACAGGUGGAGAAGCGUCAACGUCGAAAACAACAAAAAAGACGAAAGGUAAAAAGAAAGGUAAUAAAAGUAAAGUAUCGAUUUUUGAUGAAGAUUCACCAAGUAUUUUUGACGAUCCUUUAAAUGCUACUUCGAAAUAGCAAUAUUUGAAUAUUAUUCAGUCAUGAAUUUAUUGAAUAGAAUACGUUUUCCCGCUCUAUUGCUAAUGAUUCAGAUUAAUUUUAAUAACGUAUGAUUGUCCUGCUAGCGUUGUAAAUUAUAAUAUACUUAGCACGAUAAAAAACUCUAGCUAAAUAGAUUACGAUAGUGUACGAUGUGGGUCAUAAUUUCUUUGUCUUUGAGAUUUUGAAAAUGGUGCGUCCGCCCGUGUAUAUUUUAGAGUUCACACACAGGAAUUAUUUUAAAAUCUUUUAUAACUGCAUGCUUGAUAAAUUAUUCGUUAAUACAUCACCUGAAUGUUUCGUAUGUUGGUAUAGCUGCAGUAAUAAUAUUACGUCUGGCGAUUUGGUCAUUCUUUAAAAUUUCAUUAUCAACUGCAUGUCCACGAGGACUGUAUGUAACAGGGCAAAAAGCUAUUACACCAUGACCAUGUAUCUCAAAAGCAAAGGAAGAGACAGGGCAGAUAUUCCUUAUUUUACGACGCAAAACAUUUCACUCAAUACCCAAAACAUAGUAUAAUGCAAAGUCUGAACACUGUGCGAUAUUUGCAUAAUUACAUGCAGCGAUGUGAUUCUUAAUUAUGACGUAAAUUAUGAGUAUAAUUCAAUCAUGUGAAUAUGAAUUGAAUAUCAUUGUUCAAAAUUGAAUUCAAACUGAUGUUGUUUUAUAUACUGUUCAUACUGAG